AUAGUGUCUGGUGUAGUUGUCGCAGUUUCAAGAUGGUGUGUACCGCCAAUUAAAGCUUGAAUUUGCAUCAGCAUUGCUCAGAAGGAUAAACCUUACUACCUCUUCUUUCUCUCUGUAGAGUUUCUUUGGAUUUGGUCAGUCUGCCGAGCUAGAAGUAGAGCUCGCAAACUCGGCAACUCGUAAGCAAGUGGACGUGAAGAAUGAAGACGGAAAGAAGGAGAAAUUGUUUCUUUUCUACGACGGAGAAACUGUUUCCGGGAAGGUACCGAGUUCUAUUAAUUACUAGUAUUGAGAUCUGAUCAUUGUGUUUUACUUAUUUGGUUAUUCCGAGGUUGUUAGAAUUGGAAUGGUGCACAAAUUCUUGGCCUAAAAAUGAAGCUAAAUUGGUGCAAAUAAUCGCUGUAUUUCAAUCCGCGCACCAGCCAUUUGACAACAAUCCUGCUUUGACAGAAGGCAGACAUACAACAUGUAAUGAUUUUAGAUCGACUUGGAAUCAGCAGCGAUUUUGUCUGCCAUAAAGGUUGUUAAACCUUAAAAUCCAUUUUAUGUAAGCUUACAUGUAGUAUAGCCAGGCUGACAUUUUACUACUUUGCAAGUCGUGGUAUGUUUUAUUUCUACAUAAUGCAGUGUCAAAUUACUUGAAUUAGCAAUAUGAUAUAAGAGGCCUUGCCAGGGUAAAUUCCAACAUGCAACAUGACCCAAAAAGUAGCGAUAGAGCGUAAAAUGAAGUCACGAUAAGAGACAACCUCCCUCUGCCAAAUUGCGACAGUGACUGCAAAGCUGAGAAUAAGUGACAAAGAAUAGUGGUUUGGCUAAUUUAUCACCAGUCUGAAUGCCAAGAAGAAUUGAUUUUCGUCAAUUUUCCUUGUGCUUCAGAGAGUGACUCUUGUCAAAUAUGAGCUUCAGUGGACCCUCCUGUGAAUUGUGUUAGCUGUGGAAUGGAGAUGUAUAGGUGUUCGAUAUGCAAAAUGUUAACUGAGAAAUUGCAGAACUGUAAUGGUUUCUUCACAACACAUCGUUAUCCCCCUUUUCUAAAAUUCCAACAAAGAGAAAGAAUUUUUUUUUAAUUUCCAACAGUGACGUGAAGCAUUUAUAAACAAUGACACGAAACUUUUCAACACUCAGACAAGCGACAUGGGACCCACCCUGGCAGGGCCUGAUAUAAACAAGAAGGAUAAUUAUUAUGGUGUACUAGUUAAACUUAUUUUUACUUGUGGCUUUAAGACUUUUUGUUAAAGGUGUCAUUAUUCCAAGAACACCCAUUCCCCCCCGCCCCCAGUGGGCAAAUGCCCAGGCGUUUAUUUUGUUAUGUUAAUUUUGAUCAAUUACCCACCAUAUUGGUUACAAAGACAGUUACAGGUGUAGAUGCCCUAAUUAGGGCUUUACCAAUAGUAUCAAAUAAACAAGUAUCACUGAUAGAAAGUCCAGAUGAAAAGAAGAAUCAAGUUUCAUUUGCAUGAAGCAUCAGCAGUGCUAUCCUCCCAGGUUGGGUGGAUACCUUCUUGUUCCUGCAAUGUUUCCUUGCUAAGGUCCCCGCAAUAAUUAUGUCCUGGCCUUUAGUUUUUAAGUGCCUUACUCAGUGGUGUCCUGAAACGUGUCAUUAAGAUAAAUUGUUCAUUUAAUGCAGACUGUCAUACAGUUUUAAUUUCAUUAGAAUUCUCCUGAUUUUGCUUGUAAACCCUCUCUUAUUCUUAUGACACUUAUACAAGAACACCUAACCUCACAGCUAGAAGUCAUAAAAAAUAUAUGAAAUUUACAAUAACAUCAAGUACUAAAAUAAGCAAAAAUAUGACAACCGAUUUAGCAAGACCCCUCUAGCAGCUCACACCUUUAGCACUUGUGUGAUUUGUUGGUGGUUAAAAAGUACCUUGAUUUUACUUACCCUCCUUAUAUACCCAAAAGGUUGGACAGUCUGAUAAUGAUUUCUACAAAUUAUACUUUUGUCCCAGUGAAAUAAUACUAUGUUGUAUUUCUGAACCAGACUGAUGAAUUAAGGCUUAGUGUAGAGUACUGAUCAUUUCAAUUAUUCAAUUUGUGAUGUUGUUGUUCUCUUUUAUUGAAAAGGUGAAUGUAAAGCUGAAAGUUCCCGGAAAGAAACUGGAACACCAUGGAAUUAAAAUUGAGUUUGUUGGACAGAUAGGUAUAUGCAGAGUCUCUGUGUGUGUUAUUCUGUUACACUGAUGCAACAUUGUGUGAUUUUUCUAAUUGAGGCUGCUAACAACUGUACAUGUAGAAUGGCACUUUGUCAUAGUGGGUCCAUUUGAUGAAAGUCCUGGAAGCUUUUAGGCCUGUAUACAGGGAUGCGCUUUAUAAAUCUACAUAGUUUUGGAAUGAGUUUUGGUCCAGAACAAAAAUGAAGUAUAUACCUGUAUUUUGUUUUAUUAAUAGUACAAAAAUAAAUAUUAAGAAUAUUUUAUUACCAGACAUUCAAUAGUGAAUCUUUGAUACAAACAUUGUGCACAUAAAAUGGCUAGGGCUAGAAAAUUAUCAGGUCAGGACUUUAAAGAAAUUGGCCUUUGGCAUUUUAAUGACUUUUGAAGAUGUCACAGCUACAUUUCAGAAACAUUUGGUAUGAAAUAUAAUGUGUUUUUAAAGUCUUCAAUCAUUAUUCUCUCUAUUUUCAGAACUGUUUUAUGACCGUGGUAAUCAUCAUGAAUUCACAUCGUUAGUAAGAGAUUUGGCACCCCCUGGAGAGUUGACACAGAGUACAAAUUAUGAUUUUGAGUUUGUCAAUGUGGAGAAGCCUUAUGAAACUUACACAGGAGCAAAUGUCAGGCUAAGGUGAGUUGUACCCUUUUACUAGGGAUAUGUCAUCUCAUUUGAGGCGUUGCUAAGGUAAUGUAACUUUUGCUAAUGUUUGUGCAACUUGUCUUGCACCAUUGCAAGACAAGUUAAAUCAGACAUUGCUUAGUCAAUUGUGAGACACGCCAUGAAAUGGACAUGUAGCAUUUACUGCAAAAUUAAUUAGAUUGUUCAGGUGCAGAUGCAUACCAGUUUCCACCUUUCCAUGUAAAUUGGUCAGAUUUUUUAUAAUGAAUACAUUUGUAGGAAAAAACAAAACUUUCCAAGUUGAAAGCUGGAAAAUGGUUUGGACAGUCAGUAAAUAUCCUGUCUGAAUGAAUGCUGCAGUGGGAGCAUGUCUCUGGACCCCCCUUAGAAGCUUGCCCUUCUGGUGCUCGUUUACGAUGUCAGUCAGGAGUUAUUCUAGAUCUGCACUUGUCAUUGUUGUACUUUCUGCAAUGCUUGAGAAGCAGGAUCCUACAUUUACAUGUACAUCAAACAGGAUGGUGAAUAAGUGAUGAGAGAUUUCCUCUGCCCCUGACUACUCUUAUAAGAACUUAAAAAGAAUUUGGAACCAAAAGAAUUUCGUAGUUGUAUAAGUCCCUGCCCAUGUAAUGGCUGACCAGGCAACUAGAAAACACUCUAAUUUACAAUUUAAGUUUCAAUGUGAGUGACAGCCCUGCUGAAGUUGUAGAAAAAUUGUUUAUGCUCUUUGUGUUGAAAUGGUCAGUGAAAUGGUGUAUGAAACACUGCCUUACAUUGUAUGUACAUUGAAAUAGUAUCUUUGCUUAUUGCAAUAAUAUUAAUGAAUUUUGUAACCGCCUAUUCACUGAUAGUCUCUCGUUGAUUUUGCCCUAUCUUUAGGUAUUUCCUGCGAGUCUCCAUCAUCAGGCGAAUCAGUGACAUUUCCAAAGAGUUAGAUCUCGCAGUCCACACUCUGUCAAGCUUCCCUGAGAUGAAUAACAGGUACAUGUACCAACUAAAAUAGAGAACAGAAAGAAAGCUACUAAAGUGAACAUCAUCUGUUUGGCAGUAGAAUGAACGACCUAUACGUACACGGUUAAAAAAACCCUGAAAACAUUUAGGCUUGACUGUCAAGCCUGAAUAGUUUCAUUUUUUUUUUUUUGUAAUGGCUUAGGUUGUUCUUUCUGUUGAUGCUGUUCAUUUAAAUGAUUCUGAUGCUUGUGCGUACAGUGUAAGUGCUAGGUUGCAAGAUAUUAUUGUGUAUGCAUGUAAUAGCAAUACGCAAUUCAAUACAAGUUAUAACAUAGCUAGAAAAUUCGCCUAAUCAAAUUCAAUAGCGCGAGCGUGCUUCAUAUUCCUAUUGAGCACGCUGAUGACGUCAAUAAACUAUUCGUAAUUCCUCGAGUUGUUGUGAGCUUAGCAAUCCUGAGUCUCCUGAGUGAAUCCAUAACUCAGCAAUAGACAAUGAAGCGUUUACCAUGUGUUUUGUAAAGAAAUUUAAGAGGAAACGUUUGAAUUUGUUAACCGAUAGUAAGGAAAAGAGGUGAGUGUUGUUGUUGUUGUUGUCAUCUCCGCGAGCUGUGCGGGCUAUGGCGUGAGCUCAUUCUUUGCAAAGUUGUUUUCUCUCAAUAACAAUUUUUCGGAAAUUAAUAGUUUUCCGACACCUAAAUAUGGAUUUUACAAUCAUUUUAGAGUACACUUUCUCUCAGUUUCAGGAUAAAAACAUAAGAUUAACUGUGAGGAAAAAAAGAUAUAUUCACGUAAACAUUGACGCGUACUGCUUUGAGCGCGCCCUUCAAUAAUAAAAUUUUCAGUUAACUGCUGCAUUGAUCGCUUUGAUAAUGUUAUAAAACAAUUAGUUCAUGCUGCAGCUGUGCGUAUGUUGAGAUAUUGAGCACUUGGGAAGUUUGGAGAGCACUCAAGAGGCUAGAGUUGCACUCGGCUGCGCCUCGUGCAACUCUUACGCCUCUUUCGUGCUCUCCAAACUUCCCGCGUGCUCAAUAUCUCGACAUACGCACGCUGACGCAUGAACUAAUUGUUAAUUGGAGGAAAUCAUCUUAAUGUUGAUCAUUAAUAAUAUGGUGUUGUUUCUUUUAGCAUCAAGAUGGAAGUUGGAAUUGAAGAUUGUUUGCAUAUAGAAUUUGAGUACAACAAGUCAAAGUAAGAUCAAGUAACAACUGAUGUUUAUACAGCUGGCAUGUGAUGGCUGUUUCUUGGUUUUGCUCGCUGCAUUGAAGACACUAUUGCUUUUACUAAUUGUUCUUGUCAAACGCUGUACACUGUACCACCAAUGAAAGCACCAAACGUUGCUGGUACUUGGUACAUGUAUUUUCUCAGAUUAAAGUUAUUUUCCCACUGUGGAAGCAUAGACUGUAAAUUAAUGAGUGAUUGGCACCUUGACCUGAACAGAAGCAUUGACACUUGCAGUAUAUUGACAAAAUUUUUUCAGAGGUCUCUGAAAUGCCUUUUGCUCAGUGUUAGUGUUGUGUUUUCAUAUCAACAUUUGCUUGCAAUAUUACUUCAGAUGCUGCAGCCUAUUUUUGUAGUUCUUGAAUUUUGUUUGAACUUUAAGUUGAAAUAUUCCCCACAAUUGCAUCCCUUUACUUUCACACAUAUUUAGCAGGUUCUCUACAGACCAUUUUAACAAUGUGUCAUGUUUAGCGUUAAAAAAGACUUUACGUCAAUAAUGCUUGCCCAUCUAAGUUCUAAUUUAAGUGAAUUUUUAUCCAGAUAUCACUUGAAGGAUGUAAUUGUGGGUAAGAUUUAUUUUCUUCUUGUGCGGAUCAAGAUAAAACACAUGGAGUUAGCAAUUAUCAAAAGGGAAACAACUGGCACAGGUAGGUCUUUUAUUGUUAUUUAUUAUGAUCUAGAUCCUUUUGCUUACUUUAAUAGUAUAGCUAAUACUGCAGUUGGAAGUCAAGUUGUACAAUAUACAGUAGGUGUACCAGCUUAUUGUAACAGAAAAUGAAAAAUUGACAGGAGUCAUCUCUUCUGUUGAUGUACAAUGUAUGAAUCUUAGCAGCUAUGCUCCAUCAUCUUUGUUACUAGCCCUUUCAGAGUGCGAAGAAAGUAGUGUCCGAUAACCUGGGGCUAGUGGAUUUUGCUAUCGGGCUAGUAAAUCCUGUUCUUAACUUGCCCGACAGGCAAGUGAAGUUUUUUGCGAAUUCAAAUUACAGAAGAACUGUGAAAUCCAUCUGCUCAUCAAAACGUUUUUGUGGCUAGUUGAAAUGAUGUUUGGGCUAGUAAAUGUUAGCUUCAGCUUGCCCAAAUGGCAAGCUGUAAAAAUGACUUUCUUUGCACCAUGCCUUUUCCCUAGAGUGAUUAUCGUUAUAUAGUUCUUCAGCUACUUAUCCAUAUGUCACAGGUCAAAAUUAAAUUUGGGUUAAAAUUUUUUAACCUAGGUUGAUUCUCUGUUUCCUUUGUCUCCUAGCCCUAAUUCAUGAAUAGUUAGGGCUAGGAGACAAGAGAAAUUGAGAAUCAACCCAGGUGAAAAAAAUUUCUCCUUAAUUUCAUUUUGAUCUGUAACAAAUAAUUAUAUCAGACAAUAAUGACUACGAUAAUAUUUAUUAGAUAACAUUCAGUAGUGAAUGUCUGUAAAAUACUGGUUUAUUUCCAGACAGCUUGAUCAUGUAAAGAAGUUGUUAAACUUAUGAAACUGUCAUGUUCAAAUAUUGGUCAUAGUGAUUCAUUCUUUUAUUCAUUAAUUUGUGUUUUCUUUAGGACCCAAUACUUACAAUGAAAAUGAAACAAUUGCCAAAUAUGAAAUCAUGGAUGGAGCACCAGUCAGAGGUAUUGCCCCUGAAUCAUUUCUCAGGCUUCUCAUAACCCCUCACACCCUACAGUAGCUGUGAUCAACAGUAAUUAUAAAUGAGAUUUUCCUAAUGCUGUAGUGCUGUUACUUAUAUUGCUACAAAUGGAGAUUUGGUAACUAAUUUAUUUUCACCCUUUCCUUAUAUUAGCUGGACAGGCUCCAAACUAAUCUCUUAUUAAAGGGUUAAGAAUAAUAGCCACAUUUUCAAAACAACUUUCUUUAAUUUACCAGACUUGUUUCAACAGUAAAUGUAUCCGUCACCUUCAGUGUUAUGAUUAUUGUGAUAUUGCUCUUGAAUUUAAUUCGUGUGCGAUGUUACAAAGUUCAUUGCAUGCUUCAAAGUUUCAAUUAGUGAUGUCAAGGGACUUAAAGGGAGGGAGUCAGGUUCAUGUGUUUCACCUGCCGGUUGAGGUCGGUUUUCUCCCAUUUUACGAUGUGGAUUCCCUAAGCUUAACUCAAUACUUAGUAGCUGCAGAGUCAAAGAUCUUGAAGCAGUCCAGCAUGCAGGAUGUUCAACAAAACUCUGAACUCUGUUGAUAUCUAAAACAAUCUGUCGGAAAGUUAGUGUUUGCAUGUUAGUGUGGAGAAAUGUCAGCUGGUUUCACCAGCAUGACAAGCAUUACACCUUGCACCCGAAAAUUUAUAUACUACACGUGGGAAGCCCUACAGCGACAGCACCUUACAUUUUAAUUCAAGAACACCUACCUUACUCCUGAAGAAGUGGUGUAAUAUGGUCAAGAAAACAUGUAUUACACAGCUGUAGUAAUAAUUCGUGCUGCAAAAUUAAAUAAUUCUGGAUUUUUUGCAGCUUUGAGAUAUUAAUUUUCCCAGAAUUUAUGUGCUAGACCAUACUGUAGAACAAUAGUAUAAUCUUCAAAAUACCAAAUGAACAUAUUUAGAACCUUCUCCAUUGUCCUGGUGUUGUGAAGAUGUCUCACCCCAUUUAUCUGACAUAAACUACCAACUGAAGUAAACAUGAUGAAACAGUUUUUGUAAUUUUAUGCUCAUCAAAGCUAAGGGUGGACUCUACUUGAAGUCUCAGAUCUCAUGGUACAUGUAAAUGGCCCUACAUGUACAAUGCUAAAAAGACAGUCAAAUUCACUCUCUGUUUUUGCGAAAUAUGAAGUAGCUAGUAACAACAAUCUAGCAGUUUAGCAGAAGUCACUUUAGGGUUUUUUUAGCCCCAAUUUUGGCAAUGAAGUGUGUUUCUUUUCUAGCAGCUACAUUAAUUUUAUUUUAUAUAUUUUUUUUGUUUUAGGAGAAUCUAUACCUAUCAGACUUUUCCUCGCUGGUUAUGAACUGACACCAACUUUUAAAGAUGUCAACAAAAAGUUUUCUGUGAGGUACUUCUUAAAUCUUGUGCUAGUUGAUGAAGAAGAAAGAAGAUACUUCAAGCAGCAGGUAUGCCACUUUUAUUAUAAUUCAAAGAGGACAGACCGCAAGUUACUGUUAAAUAAUGUCCUCCACUCUAAAGCUGUGGCUUUAUUUGUCAUGUCCAUUGUGUUACAUAAAUUGUAAUCGUAUUUCAGCAUAACCAGCUUCUAGUGUAGUUAUAGGCACUGGAGUGUAUUUUCUACUGUGGCAUUCCAGGGUUCGCACAGUCCUUGAAAAGUCCUUGAAUUUUAGGGGGAGUCCUUGAAAAGUCCUUGAAUGUUAUUUUUUCUUGAAAAUUCCUUAAAUUUCUGUGCAAGUCCUUGAAAAGUCCUUGAAGUUUCUUUUGUAUUAUCUCUUAUAUUUGUUCUUUUAUGCAAGAAUUAACCAUUGAUCGAUUUAAUCAAGUGAACUGAAAAAUGUAGGGAAGUUGGUGAAGCAAGCAGUUCAACCUGUAAACGUCCUACAGGGUGAAAAGAAAAUCACUUUUACAGCUUGCCAUUUGGGCAAGCUGAAGCAGCAUUUACCAGCCCAGACAUCAUUUUAACUAGCCCCAAAAAUUUUUUGACCAGCAGAAUUGAUUUCACAGUUCCUCUGUUGUUGGAAUUCCUCAAAAAACAUCACUUGCCCAUUGGGCAAGUUAAAAACAGAAUUGACUAGCCUAAUGGCAAAAUCCACUAGUCCCACGCUAUCAGACACUACUUUCUUUGCAUGCUGUCCUAUUAGAAUGGACUGGGAAUGUGCCUUUUUGUACAAUCUGUGAUAUUACAUUCCUGGUAGGUGAACCUUGAAAAUUGAAUGCAGCCCUUGAAAAAUCCUUUAAAAAUGGUUGUAAAUUUUUGUAUGAACCCUGUAUUCCUGAAAAAUAUUGGAAUCUCUUUCUCCCUAUUUAGUAGUUAGAAACCCUGUAAGUAGCAUUUAAUAAUUAUUUCUCUAUCAAUACAUAAUCACAAACAGUACAUUUAUCUCCGGUUAACAUGUUAACCGGUUUAUGAAAUAAAUAAUGAAUGGUUGCAUGCAGUGACAUACAGUACAAUACAAACACUGCUUUCUUGACGUAAAAGAACCCUGUUUUGGUCGAAAAGAUGUAUAGAGGGGAUGACUGUGUUACUAGCCAGUGUCACAGACAUAAUUUUAUCUCGGUUAGCAACGUCUGCAAAGCAGUGCCGAGAUCCUUGUUCUGGACCCCAACGGACUCAACAAAUUACCGGAAGUGCGUUUCAAAUUUACUUUCAUCCUGAUUGGCAAAUCGGCAAUGUCUUUUUUGACAGGCCAAUCAUGGCAAGUAAUCAAAUCCUGGUACACAGAUGGGGCCCCAGAAUAAGGAUUUUGGUGCUGUUUUGCAGACAGACUUAACCGGAGUUUGGUUUUUUCUGUGGUGCAGGCUACUGCUUUACAGGAGUGAAUGGAUAUCGGUAUAAAGAAAAGUUGGUCAUGCAUAAAAAUUAAUUUAUUUUUAUUUGAAUUUUAAGUUUCUUCCAUUCGCCUACAGGUCCACAGGUACGAUUAAAUAUAAAUACAAGUGGCAUAUAGAUAACAUAGGUAGGGAAUCCUCUAGUGGCCUAGGGUGUUUAAGAUAAGGGGCCAAUGAAAGAGGUAUUUAAUUACAAUGUAGUAGGGCAUACACACAGUAUUAACAUCAUCCAUCUCUGUUUGUCUCUUAAAGGAAAUAGUUUUGUGGAGAAAAGGAGACAUAAAGAAAAAAUCAGGGAUCCUAACAGAGAAGCUAAAGCACUCAAGAGAUGAAAACAAGCCAGCAGAGAAUGAAGAGUAA